AUGCCUGCUGAACGCAAGCAAAACAGCCAGAUUAGAAAGGCUGCCCGCACCAAUACUCCUAAAAAACGACGCACCGACACAGACAGACCGCCCCUCUUCCCGCUACCCUCCCUCUCCAUUGAGGAUACCGGCGAACCUGUUAUUUCCAUACAUGUCCAACCGCAUGCCGAAAUAGGGAAUAGCCGCGGACUGACCUGGACGAUGAACGAGCGCCCCGCCGAGCAACUCCAGAAAGGGAGACUGAUAACGAUGUCGGCGGGCGGCGAAGUGACGGGAAUUGGAAGGCUAUCGGCCGUCAUGGAUCUUCGCAGACACUGGGUCACCUUUGCGGUGUCAGGUGCCAACCUUCCAUGUGACAUACGCGUGCCGAUCCCAUGGGCGAUCCUAGAAGGACUCGAGAGCUUCACGCACCAAUACCACUACUUCGGCCUCAAUAAUAACCCCCCCCCGCACACCUCCUUCCGAGACAUCCCAGCCUUCCACGACACCAACUAUAACCCGUACGAAUUCGACAUCGAAGACGAGGACAUCGCCUCCUACACGCGUCGUAUCGCUGACAUCACCGGAGCAAACCAAUGA